GAGUUCCAGCAGACGUGCUGAGCAGGUUCACGUUGCUUUGAUUUUAAACAGCUAUAAUGCAUAUUUGAACACAUGCAUGAUGUGUGGCACAGUCAGGAAGUGGUGAUGAAACAACAAAGGCUGAAAAGCAGAAGUGCGUCUGGCACAGCGCAGACAGUCAGACACACUGAAACUUGACUGGCAAGAGUGACAUCAUGACCAACAACAUGACAGACAGCUGCACUGAAGACUUCAAACAUGUGGACGGAGUGAUGAAAGUUUUGGAGCUGGUCUUCUAUAUUCCUAUAUUUGUCGUCGGUCUGAUUCUCAAUAUUGCAGCGCUGGUGGUGUUCUGCGGCCUUCUGCGAAAAAAGACUGAAUCUACUAUCUACAUGAUAAACUUGGCUUUGAUGGACUUGAUUCUCCUGUUAAUUCUUCCCUUCAAAAUGCAUGCCACUAAUCACGAGUGGCCCGCCAGCUUCCAUGAACUGUGUUCAAUUUUGGAAGGGCUUUAUUUUUAUGGGAUAUAUGGAAGCAUAUACAUCAUUAUGUGUAUAGCUGUAGACAGAUGGGUGGCUAUCUGUCACCCGUUCAAAGCCAAGCAGCUGCGUUCACCCAGAGUAACUAUGGUAAUUUGUGUGGUCGUGUGGAUGCUGGUGUCUGGAUCAGUCAUUCCAGUCAUCUGGAACUUCAGGAACACCAAGAACGGCACAUUUCAUUGUUUCCAUCAGUUUUCAGCAGAAGGCUGGAAACCUCCGAUCAUCAUCAGUGUGCAGGUGUUUGGGUUCGUUUUGCCUGCACUGGUGGUGGUUUUGUGUUCAGUUCAGAUCAUCUGGACACUUCAGCAGUCUGGCCAGCACAGCCCACAGAGCCGGGCCUGUGUGAAGAUCAUCUACAGCGGCCUGUGCGCAUUCCUGGUGCCUUUCACUCCGAGCCACCUGGCCAUCUUCCUGCAAUUUCUGGUGCAUCAAGGAGCAUUUCAGGACUGUGGCACCAAGGCCAAUCUCAGCCUGUUCAUACAGAUUGCUAUGUGCCUGUCAAACAUCACCUGCUGUCUGGACGCCAUGUGCUACUACUUUAUUGCCCAUGAAGUGAGGAACACCAGACACAGCUUCAGGAUGUCAAUAAUGAGCCAAAGAAGACCCACCAACAGCACUUCUGAACGGGAGAGAGGCGAGUCAAGUUGAGACAAAAACUGUCCCUAGAGGAUCACUGAUGUUAUGUUAAUAUAACAAAACUAAGGCUAAAGCCUUAUUUUGUAUCAGAGCAGUAAAGCUGGAGACAAGUCAAUAGGGGACCCAGUAGCUGAUAAGCAUAGUGUCACGCACUAAAAGUAAUUAACCUGCUCGUAAGGAAGCAGGUCAGAGUGUAAUCUAAAUUAACCACACAGCUGAAUGCAAGGCUGUAUGAUCUGAUCCAGCAGCAGGAAGCCAGUAGGCACCUCUCUAACCUCAAAGCGCUCUAAUGCGUUAAAUGAAGGCUGCAAAACAACCCAUGAACUAAAAAGCCACAGUCUGACAUGCUUUAAAAAAUCAUUAAAAGCAUGAAAAGGUCACUCAAACCUGCAAACCAACAAUGAGUGAAAAAGUGACAGGGACAGGCAGCAUGACUCAUUUUAAAGAACUAAAAACUGAUACUGGCGGGCAGUUCAAGAACGUCUUUGUGAUAUUAUCUAGGACUGAAAUCAAACAUGCACAAAAAAGGCUCUUAUGACUCAGAAUUCUCAUCAAAGACCAAAUCCACUAUUUUAUGGUAAAAUGGUAAAUGGCCUGUAUUUGUAUAGCGCUUUACUAGUCCCUAAGGACCCCAAAGCGCUUUACACAUCCAGUCAUCCACCCAUUCACGCACACAUUCACACACUGGUGAUGGCAAGCUACGUUGUAGCCACAGCCAAUCUAAUUAUUUUAGAUUAACUGUUUCAGACUAAACGAAUUUAACAGAUGCAUAAUUAUUUUUUUUUAUUCAAAAAAGUUAACUAACUGUAAUAAUAAGCAUAUUUUAGUAGUGAAUCUCUAAUCUAUGAAAUGCAGAUUUACAUAAAAAGUCAACAAAACUAAUUUAGGCCAAUAUAUCUAAUAAAUUACGAUUCAAAUAUGCAUAUUUCCUUGACAGGUACACAGAUGAUUCAUGGUUUAUCGAUCACAUCCACAGGCAUAGCUUUAAACAUAUGAAACUAAAAACGAAACAUUAGCAACAAUUUCAGUGGUUCAUUUCAUUUUUUUUAAAACAUUAAAUAAUACAAUAGAUCCUAAAUGGUUGUAAAAAAUUCUCACUGCAAAAUAAGUAACAAUAUUAUCUAUAUUUAUUAAAUAAUAAUUAAAUGUAAAUAUUUCAUCAGAAAUACAUCAACAGUCAAACAUAGAAAUAAACACGGCCUGAGGAAGAGUGGAGAGGAUUUUUUUUGUGCGUUGUAAAUAGAUUUUACAAUCAUUUUCUGUCUUCUAAAUCUUAUAAAUGAUAAUAAAAAAUACAAUAUAAAAAAACAAAUAAUAUUAAAAGUGACAUUAUAAUGGAGGAUUAAAGUAUUUAUGAUUAUUGCAUUAAGUUGUCCGUUUACAGUUUUGCAGAUGAAAACUGACUGCCUAUGCUUUUUUUGCUUUGUUUAUAAACUGAUAUCGUUAGCCGUAGCAUUUCAUAUUUAGCUCUACUGAACUUUGUAUUUUAUUUUUUGAAUUGCAACCUUAGGUGCCUAACAUAAUAGUUUUAUUGAAAUGUUUAAAAGCCGUAGGUAUGUAGCCCCGGCCAUGCGUGCAUCACUGCUGAAAGAACUGUUUUCAUAUUACUGUUUGGGUUUAUGUGCAUGCUGUCACAUGAAAAGUCAAAUGGAAAGUUGCUUAUGAAGCACACGGAGCUGUCACUGACCGUAUAUUGCCAAUGUUGAGCGGUCAUCUUGUGGUCAUCUUGUGGCGACAGCGGAUCAUGUUUUAUGACAGCGUGCCUCACUGGUGGCUUAACUGUACCAUAAUAUUGUAUUUAAUGUAUAUAUCUUUCAUAAAAACGUGUGAAAAGC